ACUGUUGCUGGUAUUUUGGCUCAUUCCUCCAUGCAGAUCUCCUCUAGAGCAGUGAUGUUUUGGGGCUGUCGUUGGGCAACACAGACUUUCAACUCCCUCCACAGAUUUUCUAUGGGGUUGAGAUCCCAUUUUCCAGGUUUGUCUGGGGGUAUUGUCUUCUCCAAUGAGUACAACAUCACUUUCAGUGGGUUUUCGGUGGGUGUCGGUGUGGCACAGCAGUGUGCUGACUUCAGGUCCGACAGGUAAUCCUUACGCCAGGCGUUUCAAAAGCUAGUUGUGAGUCUCUGCCUGUAUUUCCAUCUUCGAGUUAUCUCUGCCUUGUUGGCACUUGAGUGCUGUGUGUCAGCAGGGAAGGGCUUUGGUGGCAGAGAUGUCGUUUUCCCACCAGGAAGUGGGCUGGGGUCAGCGGCUGUGGUUCAUCCACUUCAUUGUGCACAAAUGUUAGAGGCCUUGAGCUUAUGACAGCCACUUCUGUCAAUAUUGUGCACAUCUCUUCAAAGUUGAGUGAAGCUCUCCCAAGUAUCUUCUUAAGGCAUGUCUUGACUGAUUGGACGAGUCUCUCCCAGAAUCCGCCCCACCAGGCUGCUCGCUCUGCGAUGAACUUCCAAGUGAUGCCUCUUUCUGAGAAGAACUCUAACAGAUGGGGUUCUUUGAUAGCUUUCCACAGCUCUUUGAUGUCCUGAUCAGCUCUCUUGAACGUUCUUGCAUUGUCUGAGUAGAUUGUUUUGCAUAACCCUCUUCUGGAGUUAAAUCUUUUCAACGCUAACAGGAAUGACUCUGUUGACUGAUCUGAGACCAGUUCCAGGUGUACCGUUCUGGUCACAGCAAAGGUGAAUAGUGAAAUGUAUGACUUGUAUGUCCGGCUUUUUCCUUGAAUCUUUUGCAUAUUGUGCAGUCAGCCACAGUGCUCUUGACUAGCUGCCUUGCACGUAAGAUCCAGUAUCUCUCACUCCUGAGUGCAUCACCUUUUCAUGACAGCUCUGUAUCAGCAGUUCUGAAUAUUGGUGUUUAUUGGGCAUAAUCCAUGGGUGCUGCUCUCUGAAAGUGAAGUUGGACUGCUGCAGCCUUCCUCCCACACUGAGCAGCUCGUGUUCAUCCAGGAACGGUUUCAGGUCUUUGAUCUUGCAGUCAUUGUUUAGGCUCUUUCCCACUUUCAGUUGUUUUAUUUCCUGGCUGAAACUCUGGGUUUGUGUUCCAGUACUUUUCUGCCUCGAAGAGCUCGUCAGCAGUCAGUUCUCCUCUUGUCUUUGUUUUUGUUUGAGCAUUGGCUAUGAAUCUCUUUAUCCAGCCUGUCACUCUGAGGACUCUUUUCAGCUUGCCAUAUCGUUCCAGUUCUAACACUGGUUCAAUGGGGUCUGUGUCGUUUGCAGCAAGCUGCACAGUGAUCUGUGGACUGGACUUCAGUUCUGCAUUCACUUUGACUGGAACGUCUUCAUUAUCAGUCUCCUCUGACUGAUUGGGUGAUGUCAGAACGCUGGGUCCGUUCCACUAUAGCUGGUUCUGUAUCAGGCUUUCAACACCUUGUCCUCUUGUGAGGAGGUCAGCUGGAUUGAUCUUCCCUGCGAUGUGUGACCAUGUCUCAGGGUUGGUCAGUGACUGGUUUUCGGUCACUCUGUUUGCAGUGGUGCUGUUGCCAUUCUCUAGUCAGAUCAGGUGGUAGCUCUUCAUCCCAGGAAAGUCCUCUCUCCCACAUUUCUUGAAACAUGCACUUGAUUCUGAUUGUGAAAGGUGUCAGGAACCCGAGUGGGUCAUAGAUGCGUGCAGCUGACUGCAGAACGCUUCUCUUUGUGCUCUUCUUUUCCUUUAGAAUGCUUAAUAGUGGUCUGAGCUCAAAGGUGAAGUCAUCAGUUCCUGGUCUCCACACUAAGCCCAACACCUUAGCACUGCUCCGUGUGUCUCUGGAGCCAGGGUGUGGUGUGCUGUGCUCUCCUCCCAUUUCUUCUCCAGCUCAUGAGAUUUAGUCAUCCACUUGCAGAGGUCCAUGCCUGCAGUUGACAGUAUUUGUUUAGCAGUUGUGGUCACAUGGUAGGCCUCUUCAACAUUGUGUGAACUUGCGAUGAAAUCAUUCAUGUACAGCGACUCCAUUAGUGUCUCUACAACUUCUGGUUGUUCUGUUUCAUAUUGUUUCAGGUGCUUUCUGAUUGUUGCUGCGAGCAGGAAUGGACUUGGGGAGGCUCAAGACACCACUCUGGUCAUCCUCAGCACACGCAGUUCUCCAUCCUCUUCUCCACUUGGUGGGCCUGUGAGCCACAAGAAUCUCACUGCAUCUCUGUCACUCUCCACUAGGGAGAUCUGCAAGAAAGCUUUUUUUUUUAUGUCUGGCAUGAAGGCUAUUUCGUGUUUUCUGAAUUUAAUGAGAACAGUGAGGAGAUCUGGAUUCAGAUUGGGUCCCGUGAGCAGACAGUCAUUGAGGGAUGGACAUCCAUCUUCAUGAGAUGACGCAUCAAACACCACUCUCAGUUUUGUGGUUACUUUGUCUUCUCUGAGCACUGCAUGGUGUGGUAAGUAGUAUUUCACAGUGUCUGCAUUUGUGUUGUCCUUGUAUCUGCUAUAGAAGGUGACAUCUUUCUUUAGUCUCUUUUUCAGACCUUCAAAUCGCAUUUUAGCAACCAUGUAGUUGUCUUGGAGCUCUGCUCUUUCUUGUUUCCAUGACAAUGCCACAUGGUAUCGUCCAUCUUUGAAGGUGGUUGUUCUCUCGAACAUCUGCAGAGCCUCUUCUUCAGCUGGGUUCUGUUUUUUCUCUCUUGUGAUACCCAGAGACUCAAUUUCCCAGAAUGCACUUAGCUGUUUGGAGACAACUGUGUCCUCUUCAAGUGGAAUGAACAUGCAGGUUGCCUUGGCUGCACUUGACAUGGACACUGGUCCCUGCACAGACCAUCAGAAGGUGCUCUCCACAGCAACUAAUGUCUCUGUCAGUCUCUCCACUCUUCCUGAGACCAUUUGCCAGUAGUAGUCAGCUCCUAUCUGGACAGAGAGCUCAGGAUCAUCAUCAUUGUCUGGGAAGUCUGCUAGUCUUAAUCUCUUUUUCUUGAGCUCAUAUUGAAUCUGGUCACCAGGAAUAUUCAUCACAGCUGUGCACACCUGUGGGGUUUCUGAGGCCUCAAUUUCAAUUUCUGGCUGUCCCAGACAUUCUCCAAUAUUACUCUCACUGUGUUGCAUCAUGACUUGUAGGGACAGAGGAGCCAAACGUGUGAAGAGUGAGUGUCUCUUGUCUUAUUAUUGGUAAGUUCAUUGAAUGAUGUGGACUGCUUCCAUGGCUUUCUUUCUGGGUUCUGUUCUUUCUGAGUGUAUGACGUUGUCAUUUGCAGUGCUCUUUCUCUGCUCUGAACCUCCUUCUGUAGGAAUUUGACUAUCUCAUCAACUUUCCAUUCAUCAUCACCUCCCCUCUGACAGCUAUAUUCAAGAGCUAUGUCAUCUGGAAUCAUCUUCAUUAAAAUUGAGCAUAGUAGGCUUCCAUAGGUGUCUGACACUACACCCAGUGACUCCAAGCUCCUAAUUUGAAUUUCACAUUAAUUCAUCAUAUAGCUGCCUUAAUGCAUGCACAUCAGAGGAUUUCUUUAGAGGAUUUAGAUUCAGCAGCCUUUACAUGUGAGCACUGAUCACCAGAUCUUUCCUUCCAAAUCUACUUUGUAGCAGAGUGAUCGCGCUGUCAUAAUUUGCAUCAGUUAGCAUCGGUCCUGCUACUGCCUUUGCAGCUGGUCCAGAGAGAUACGUCUUCAACAGAUUCUGGCUGCUAUGGAGAAAGGUGAUUUCAACUUUUGUUAUUCGUCCAGAUGUCCAGAUCCAGAUUCGAAAUAAUGUGGAAUAAGAAAGGCAAUACCUCGACACAGUACCUGCUGAACCAGUUUUGACCAUUUGUUUUUAAACUGUCCAUAACGAGCCCAGCAGUGCUAGGAGUGCAAUGCUGAACCAGUGGACUGCCUCUCAAAAGCUUGAGCACUACCCACUAACCUCAAUGCAACUGAGCCUGACUAAGUUGCAUUGACAUCACAGAGCCAACUAAUCAGGUUACAUGCAUCUUCCUCUGGAGCCACUAAAAGAUGCAUUAGCUUUGUGAAUUCACUUGAUGAUUCACUUGGAAAGUCUGCAAGAUCAAAACUAAAUAACAACAGUGACCUCAGUUAAAACCUCCAAUGAGCACCCACAUCUAUGUCCAUCCUCAUGUUCCCAUAGAGUAAUAAGUAGCUUAUUCAAAUAUACUGCUAAAAGGAAGGAACUUCUAACAUGGAGGGUGUAGCUGUGGACAAACUGAAUGACUAUGACCUGCCCUCAGAGGCAAUAAAUCCUAGUGUAGAUGGAGGCCAUAACCAAGGCCAUACAGACAUUUUCUCCCCAGAGCCCAAGUCUUUCAUGGGAAUCCACCAACAGCCCUUAUUGCCAGAGCCCAUGGCGCCAAGCAAACCCAGCUUUCACCACCAGCAAGAGGAACGAGAAAAUGACAGCAAUGCUACAGAGUCAGCAGACAGUGAGAAUGACAUGGACCCGCCCUCUCAUAUGUGGGAAAUGAGGAGGUCUUCAUCUUCAUCUGCUCACAGUGGAGAAGAUGCUGAAGCUGAGACAGCAGAGAGGAGGCGAUUCAUGAAGGCUUAUGUGGCAAAGGUGUUUCAUGGAAAGGAGGACUUUGACCAUGAGGAGAAGGCUCGUUUUGGAGAGCAGUGCAGUGGAGAGAAUGGCAAAGGCAGAGAGUGGUUUGCCAAAUACGUCAGCGCACAGCGCUGCCACUCUAAAUGUGUGAGUGAAGCCACCUUCUACAGACUGGUGCAGUCUUUUGCUGUUGUGCUGUUUGAAUGUUACCAAAUGGAUGACUACAGCCCAGCCAAGCACCUCAUGACUAUGUGCUUCACAUACUACUACAUUGGGAAAUCACAGCCAUCUCCCUCAGAGCUGCUGGAUCAUGGUGGUCCUCCAGCUGGCUUAGAUUUAUACCUCAACAAAGCCAACUCCUGGCUGACUGGGAAGAAGGAUGCGGCCGAGCGCAUCCUUAAAAACACAUCCAAGACUGACGUCAAAGGCUUCUUUGGAGGCCUGGAAAGCAAGCUGAGGAGCUCGAAGGCUCCAAAGACAGAAGAGGGGGAAAGCUCAGUUGAGACAAAGCCCAUAUCACCAGUGUCUGAGGCUCCAGAGAGAAAAAAAGAAAAGGUGUACCUGUACACCCACCUGAAACAGCAGCCCAUCUGGCAUACACUAAGAUUUUGGAAUGCUGCAUUUUUUGAUGCUGUUCAUUGUGAACGGAAGAAAAGAUCACCAACCACAAGGGAGAAGUGGUGUCAUAUGACCCAGGAGGAGAGGGACGACAGCUCCAAAAUUGAUGAGAACAUUGCCUUUGGUCAACUGGGGACAUUCACUCAUAACAUGCUGGCGUUUGGGCUCAGCAGGAAGCUCUGUAAUGACUUCCUCAAGAAGCAGGCAAUCAUUGGGAACCUGAAUGAAGAACAGUACAAGUUGCUGACUGACCACAUAGAGAAAAUGGCGGCAGAGUGAGUUCAAGGACAUCAGGUGGCAUUUCAAAGUCUCCACAUAACCGACUGACAGCACACACAUCAGCAAUUUCUUUAACUCAACAUUACAGUGACCAACUCUCCAUUUGACUGUUGUUGCGUUUGUAUGGGACACUGCUGAAAAUCAUUACCUGCUGUACUGAAGUGUGCUGUAUCAUGGCAAACCCUCUUUCUCCAAAUUGAUAAUAUGCAUUCUGUUCUGUAUCAGCAAUAAUACAACAUCAUCAGCUGGUGCAUGUCUUACUAUAUCUAACACCUGUCCUUGUGAACGUCUUUACAAUGAUUAGAAGCAAGAAGAGAAACCAUCCAGUAUAAAACCUUAAGAGCCUUAGUAUGAUGUCAGACUCUCUGGAUCUAUACAUUACACACAUGGUGUGUAGAUAAUAUUAUUCCCUAUGCUGUUUUAUUCUGUGUUUUCUUGGCAGCCAUAUUUAUUACAUGUUAGUGUAAAGUAUCUUACAACAGCUGCACUAUAUAUAUCCUCCUGCCUUGUUUCAUUUAACAUAAAUGUCUGCAUACAGUUCAAAGCAGACCCGGCUGUAAUAGCAUAUGGCAAUAAUAACUCAAAGUGCUUUAAUCUGCUCUUCAAGUGGCAUCAGGUCAGUUUUGAAUCACAAAGUCAGAGUUACUGAAUACUCUCUUAUGCUCGUCGGUGAGUUUCUUAACGCUGUAGUAUCGUAAUGGCAGAGUUAACAUGCAAAUGUAACUUGAAACAUCAAAUUGCUGUUUUUGAAAUGGCAGAAACAAUAUACCCCCAUGCCUUCUCUUCAGAAAAAGUUGAGUUUUAUGAGAAUUAUUCACUGCCUUGCAGAAUUGACACUCUUAUGUUUGUACAUUACUUAUUUCUACUGCAAGGUGAGAUAUCAUAUCUUAUUAUAAAGCCUGGAAACAGGUGUAACUACUACCGUGGCUCUAUCUGAAGGUAAAAAAAAAUUGCCUACCAGCUCCCUAGUUUAACACAGAUUUUGUGUUAGGGUUAGUGCCAUGACAAAACCAUGACUUGGUACGUAGCUGGGGGACUUGUUUUAAAACUUAAAAGAGACAACAUAAAAUGACUCCGUAUAGCCAAGCGUAAUCCAGCUCUCUCGAAGCUUGAGUUCCAGACACCUUAAGUGGGUGCACACAAGCUAACUUCUCAUUGCGGGCCCUCUAUAUACUUGGCAUACACCACAUGAGCUAUAUGGACUCUUUUUACAUUUCAAAACAAGUUGUCAUCUACUUCAGUCGUUUAGAAAAAUGCUUCUACACUGUUUUGCUGUGAAGCUCUUGAAAUCUUUUGUGGACUACAGUCAGACUUUUCAUUAGCACAGGGUUGAGCAGAUAAUGACAAGUUACUCAGAGAAAUGUUACUACCCAUUUGAAUCUCUUUGUCGCAAUUAAUAGUAUGUUACAAAUUCAUGAUAUAGUGGGAUUUUAUGGUAAUUUUAUGUUUUCAUUUAGAAACAUUGUUAUACCUGUGGGAGCAGUACAGACUGCUUAUCAAUCCAAAGUGCCUUCCAUUAAAGACUUAAUGUCCCUGUCUUUGACGUUACACUUGAUCGCCUGACCAAACACUCUUGCAGAGCUUGCAAUGAUCACUCUUAUUCAUUCUUCUCUGCAUGCAAAUACAUUCUAUUUCUGCGUUUUCUGUGAUGGACCUAAGUAGUAGUUUCAUUUGGUUGAACUGUGAUAGCCACAGCAUAGCUAAGCAUGUUGCCUGGCCCAUGGUACAGACCUGUCCUGCUGCAUGUGUAUCUACCUGUACAGCUAUCUAGAGUAGUACAUGCAAACACCAUCUAGUUAAUGUAAAAUGAGUGACUUUGAUGGGACAUUUCCUAAUUGUAUUACUUCAUCCUGCCACUGCAUGGUAGCAUUGUGUCUUCCUUUAUGACACUUCUCAAUGAGAGAUUCCUGAAUAAUAUUAUUAGUUGUUUCAAGAAUAUAUGUGUGCUUCUAAAAAUAAAUGAAAUAUGGUUAUCUACAUUUGAAACAUUUUCUGGCAGGUUGAAUUCAAUUUCAGAGUGAUUAUCUAUUUCAAACUACUGUGUCGAUGAAGCCAUUUUGUAAAUACUGUACAUGUUUUUCUGUAUGUCUUAAGAAUUGAAGAAUCAAGUGCUGUUGUUUGUGAUUUAUGUGUCUUUGAUUGUAAAUAUAUAAACAAAAGGUGUAAUAGUGCAUUGUUACCAUUAUCUCUAUCAGAAACACAAGUGUCUAACUGUAGUUGAACCUUAAGUGCGCCCCUGUUUAACAUGGACAUUCAAAGUAAUUGCAUAUGGUGUUGUGCAGUGAUCUCCAAUAUAAAUGUAAUCAUUCCUUCAAAGCUGAGUGAUAUGUUUUGAGCCACAUGCAGUACAAUCAUACAAAUUAUAUCUGUAAACUGUUUUCAGUUGACUAUGUUAAUUCUGUGUGUAAAGAUGUCCCUUUUGUGAGUCCAUUUGUAAAGUAUUGACCUAUAUAUUGUACUUGUUUUCUCAGCAUUGAGCCGUUUGCAUUACAAUUAGCCUCAUCAUCUCCACA